GGGGAAAUACUUACCAUAUUUGGGAGUAUGAAAGGGUCUUGAAUCUGCAUCACUUAUUUCAAGAUAUUGUCUCAGAUACAUCUUCCACAUUACGACCGGCGCUCGUGAAAGGAAUGGCGGGAGACUUCAAAGCUGUGAUGACCUGGACCUGCACACAAUCUGCCCAGCCGAUUCUGGAUACUUCUGAAGUCCGGAGGCGGUGUUGGGGCAUUGGCAUGGUGAACGGGAGCAUAUACCUGGCAACGGAACGUCGCCUCGUACAGGUUGUACGGAUGUCCGGGUGGUGUGUGAUUGCGCACCAUACAAAUGAUGAUGUUUUGGCAAGUAUUUUUUUGUCCAACAACCUGCAGCUCCUUCUCGCCUUGCUCGAUCGUGAUCUCGCGCACUCUGCUCCGCUUCUCGUUCAGCUUGUCCAACUACUCCUUCGCCCUCACAUUGCCCCCAUUCUCUUUUAGCAAAUUUCCCUUCGCGACUCACGAUUGCAGCGAGCAGCAAAUGUCGGUG